CCUAGUAUCUCUAUUAGUAAAAAUGACCGCAAAAUCAAGGAUCAUAUUCCCCUUUCUUUUCUUAGUCGUCUUCCUCCUACUAGCUACUGAUCAUUUAGUUCAUGGGAAUGAUGCUUACGAUCAGUGCGUUAGUGAUUGCAAGAAAUGGCGUGAUCCAGACGUUAGAUGGCCAUGUAUUCAACACUGCCAAGGUUUGAAGAAUGGGAUAGAGCAAGGGAGUUACAAAGAUAACAAGUUUGAAAAGGAACAUGGACGAUUAAUUGGGCUUCUUCAAGACUUUACGGAAAAUUCAAAGCUACUCACCGGCCUCGUUAACCAUGGCGUGGCCAUCCUCGAAGCCAAUCCCAACACUUUCAUGGCUCCAGGCCAUUGGGAUGCUGAUGCCCUCUUCUUCGUGGUCCAGGGAAAAGCGACCAUAAACUUGAUCCGACACGACAAAAGAGAGACUUUGGGUCUAAAGACAGGCGAUAACAUUCGCAUUCCGUCGGGUACAAAAGUCUUGAUGAUGAACAGAGAUAGAAUGGAGAAGCUAGUUGUGAUCAAGCUUCCACAACCCGUCUCAACCCCAGCAGCAGGCCAUUCUGAGGUCAAACUCCUUAAUCCCUUUGGAGAUCAGUCUUCUCAGCAGCAGCAGCUAGCAGAAGGGAUCAGAUCUGUUAUUUAAAGACUAGUGAUAUAUGCAUGCAUGCAUGAAUGGUUUAUUUUCUAUGUUGCUUAACUAAUUAAGGUUUAUGUGCAUGGUUUAUUUUCUAGUAGCGGCUUAAUUUAAGGUUUAUGUUAUGUUGUUUUCCUUUUCAUAGGCCAGUUUCUCUGAUAAAUGUAGCUAUGUAGUUUGUCUUUUUAUUAA